AUGCACAGAGACAAUCACUUCCAGCAACAGCAAGCAAAUUUCUUCAGACAGGGGAAUGACGGAGUCGGGUUUGGCUCGAACUCCAUUCCAGCAGCUGUAGACAUGCGAUUCUUCUUGAUCUCAGCCAUUCUCUCUCUCGCUCUGAGUUCGUUGGAGGAAGAAAAGGAAAAAGAAGAUGAAGGCGAAGGGGAGAGAGUUACUCUGGUGCGCGUAAGGAGGAAGGAGAAGAAGGAAGAAAUAGUAUAUGAAAAAGGAGGAAGUUGGUAUCUGGGAAACGACAAAAUCUACUGGAGCUUAUAA